AUGAUCAAAUCCAAAUCAAAUGCCGCAACUCCUUAUUUAAAGAAUUUUUCAAACCUCCAAUCCUCAUUAUCAGGAAGCUCAUCAUCCUGCAGAUUUUCUCUUACAAAUCUAAAUCAAAAUUCCGUAUAUCUUGCCCAAUCCUCAAAUCAUCAAGAUAAAACUGAUCCUACUCGCAAUCCAACAAAUCCAGAAGUGGCGCCUCAAAAGCCUUCUUCUAAAAUUAGCCCUCAGCCAGGCACAAUAAUUCGUCAAUCAAUCCCUAAAUCUGUUGCCUUAUUCGAUAUUCCUCUAUUCUUAUGAAUUGACUAUAAAAACUUAAUUCAAGAUUAUAUAAAUACUCCUGAAGAUUACGAAACUACUGAAAGUCUUGUCGUUUUGGAUCAUCACUAUCAAAAACACGAAGGGACUGCAUCUGAAUAUUCAGCAAAAAAUUAUUUCAGCCCAGAAAAUUUCAAUAAUUAUCUCACACGAAAUGUGUAUAUUGAUAAAAAACCGUGGCUGAGAAGCAUAAAUAUUUUAUAUAAAAAAGAAAAUUUAUCUUCAUUACUGGAGCUUUAUCAACAAAUAAAUGAUACGAAAUACUCUUGGAUUAGCUUUAUAAAGCAUCAAAGAAAAAUGCUGAUGAAACAGCAGAGAUUAGAAGCUGCAGCAAGAGCAGAAAAAGAUUUAGAAGACCAGAGAGAGCUAUUACAAGAGCUGUCAAGAAUAAAUCGGCCAUUUUUGGUGUCAGGAAAGACUGGGGUGAAAACUUCUAAACAUAUUGUAUGUAAAACUAAGAGUGAACAAAACCAUUAGAAAAAUCGCUAUUUUUUGCCCAAAAACCCACCCUCCGUGAGUGAACAAAAAUUUUUUUUAAUAGAAAAAUUUUUAAUGGAAAAAAAAAAUUGAUAUAUAAAUGAUAAUUAUUAUAAUGAAAUCUAGAGCUAAUUCUGUUUAAUUUUAAACAAAUUGCGUUUUAAAACAUAAAAUUUUAUAAAUUAAAUUAAUAUUUGCUUCCUAAUUUUUGCAAAUUAGGAUUUUUUUAAAUUUCGAAAAAAAAAAUUUAACCCCCCUCCGUGAGUGAACAAAAAUUGUUUGUUCACUCACGGAGGGGGGGGAUAAGAGAAAAAAACCAAAAUAUUCAAAAAAAACUUAAUAGCUUGGAAGAAAGAUCUGAGUAUGGAGAACAGAAACUUGAGCAAAUGCAUGAAGCAUGACAAAAAAAUGUCAAGAAAACGACGCUGAUUAUCCUUUCUUUGAAUAUAAAAAUCAGAAAAUCAAGAGAAAAGUUCCUUGAAAUAGGCUUGAAAUCUGCUAAUAGACCUCUAUUAUUUUAUAUUUUUUCUGCAAUGCUAUUUUUCACAAGAAUUUCUCACGAAAAAACACAGGUGGCCAAAAUAAGUUCCCAAUCCCUCAAAAACUGAAAAAAGAAACGGAUCUUUCUUAUACUAAAAGAUUUUUCAACAAAAAAACAAAGAACCUUAAUCUAUAUUGAAAAAAUGAAAAAUUACCUCAAAAUGCGAGAAAAAUUAAGAAUUCUUUAUUAUUGGAAACUUUUUUCUUACACAUCUAAAGUCAAAAACUAUUACAAAAGAAUCGCUAAUAAAUUUUAUCAAGAAAGACUAAAGACUAAAAAAUUUUAUGAAUUAAAAACAGAAACUAUAAUAAAUAAAGGCCAAAGAAAAAGAAUUAAAUUAUUAGCAAAUGGAGAAGAAGAUGGGUUUUCUAAAGAUAAUGUCAUUAUUGAACAAAAGCAUUUUCUUUCUGUAGCGCUUAUACAGAUAGUAAAAGGAUUAUCGUCACACCAACAAAGAGCGUUUAUUUUUCAGCAAAAAUUAAAAACUCUUGAAGACUAUAUUUCUAAUAAACAUUAUUUGUCAUUGUACGCAAAAGAAGGAAAUGUAUGGAUUUUAAGACAAAAAGGGUUAGGAGAGCAUAGAUCUUGUUUAGAAUUAACAAGAAAGCCUUUGUUUCCUACAGUGCAGUUAUCGGCAAGAUCAAAAAACCAUGGUAUUCAUGCUAAAUCUGUUGAUGAUGUACAGAUUAUAAAACAUAUACACGAAAACUAUGCAACUCAGCAAAAGAGAUAUAAUUCAAUAACUCCAUCUAUAAGCUCACGAUAUCAAGAAAUAGAAAACUCAAGAGCAAAAUUUUCAGAACUUCAAGAAACAUCAGAGCUUUGAAUAUCCUCAGAAAAAAACAUUGAGAAUUUUCAUGAGCAAAAUGAAUAA